AAAUCACAUUGGCUCAGCAGUUGACCACUCUCACACUUGCGAACCGAUCCAUCUCACUCGAUCUACUUGAUAGCAUUACAAAACACUAAAAUCGUCAACAUGCCUCCAGCAUCUCGACAAAAGAAGUCGGUCAAGAAGGGUAUUCAGUUUACUUUGAUGGUCGUAGGAGCGUCGGGUACCGGCCGCACGACAUUUGUCAAUACCUUAGUUGACGAAAAGGGAUGGUUACCCCAUGCCGACUCUAGCGAUCCCGUCGCAGCUUCUGAGGGGAACUCCCAAAUUAAGGUUGAAAAAAAGACGAUCGAACUCGAUGAAGACGGCGUCCAUAUCCGAUUGACGGUCUGUGAUGCACCCGGAUUUGGUGACAACAUCGACAACGAGUCUGCGUUUGCAACAAUCGUCGGCUAUCUUGAGAAACAAUAUGAUGUCCUACUAGCCGAAGAAUCGCGUAUCAAGCGAAACCCAAGGCUUGAAGAUCAGCGUGUUCAUGCGUUGCUGUACUUCAUUCCCCCAACAGGGCACAGCCUUAGAGAAAUCGAUAUCGAGUUGAUGAAAAGGCUCUCCCCUCGAGUCAAUGUAAUUCCCGUCAUUGGUAAAGCGGACAGCUUGACUCCUUCAGAAUUGAAGGGCUUCAAAGAACGAAUAAUGCAAGACAUAGAACACUAUGCGAUACCGGUAUAUAACUUCCCGUAUGAUGAGGUUGACGACGAUGACGAGGUCAUUGCUGAAAACUCGGAGUUGAGGGCAAUGCUACCAUUCGCCAUUGUGGGAUCGGAAGAGGAGAUCGAAGUGGGAGGCGAAAUGAUCAGGGCCAGACAGCUCCCCUGGGGCACUGUCCAUAUUGACAAUCCUUCCCACAGCGACUUCCUUCGCCUUCGGACUGCCCUGUUGAGUACUCACUUGGCUGAUUUGAAAGAAAUCACCCACGACUUCUUGUACGAGAACUAUCGAACACAGGCGCUUAGCAGAGGCAAUGCGGAUCAAUUGGAUCAAUCUAUUCAGCCUGAUGAGAUGGCUAACCAAUCCUUCAGACUGAAGGAAGAACAACUUCGUAAAGAGGAAGAAAAACUGAAGGAGAUUGAACUUCGAGUCCAGAGAGAGAUUAGCGAAAAGCGCCAAGAGUUACUGGCCAAAGAAGAAAGCUUGAGGAACAUGGAGGCUCGAUUGGCACACGCUAACAAUGGUUCGAUGGAUGCUUGAUAUCACUUAUGGGUCACUCGCACUAGAGAUCAACCUCCAAAUUUCUUAUAAUCUUGAGUAUUGGCGCAUGCGAUUUGGUCGAUAUCCUUUUUCUCAUACCUCUUAAUUUUCUUUCAAAAAGUUCGAUUUAUAUUCUCUGAGUUAAGGGUGGCAACCGUGUGGCUUCUUGCCAGCCACUUACUAUUUUGUUUUUAUUAUCUCUUUGUUGAAUUCAGGCCCGUGUUAGUUUGUUAUUUGAUUGCUUUCAAGAAAGGACUCAUGUUUCUUUCAAUAAAUUGAUUGGAAAUGAGACUGC